UUUUGUUUGAAAAUUAAAGGUAGAGAUAGAGGAGAUGGAGGAUGAAAGGGGAGGAAAUUGUGCAGAAAGUAGUAGUAGUACAUUAAUGCCAAUGCCAAUGAAUAAAGAACAAGAUCGGUUCCUUCCUAUAGCUAAUGUGGGUCGAAUCAUGAAGAAGGUAAUCCCAGGAAAUGGAAAGAUCUCGAAAGAUGCAAAAGAAACGGUUCAAGAGUGUGUAUCAGAAUUUAUAAGCUUUGUUACUGGAGAAGCAUCUGAUAAAUGUCAGCGUGAGAAGAGAAAGACAAUCAAUGGUGAUGACAUUAUAUGGGCCAUUACAAUUCUCGGGUUUGAAGAUUACGUUCUCCCUCUUAAACAAUAUCUUAACAAAUAUAGAGAAUUAGAAGGUGAAAAGCUAAAUGUUCCAAAGCACGUUAACCAACAACAACAACAACAUGCUGCAGAUCAGAUCAAGCCAAAUUUUUCAUACAACACUACUACUACUGUAUAUUCUCCUACACCCCUUCUUCCCCAAACUUCAUUUGUUCCAACAGAUCAACCUUUUCCUUUGCCUUUUUCCCCCAACUCACAAUUACCUAAACAGGAACACCUUGAUUCUAUGGGACACUGGUAAUAAUAAUAUAUAUUAUUUUUUCCCUUUAAUUUUGUCAUAUCAUGUAAUGUAAUUAAUAUAUUAUUGUACUAAACAAAAGAUUAUUAUACAAAUACGUAUGACUUUCCACUUAUUUCUUACUA